AAAUUAUAUAAACUGGCUUUUAUUGUGUAAUAUUUUGUGGUUAAAUAUUUUACAUUAUUAAUUACAAUAGCCUUUGGUAUAAAGUGGUAAUUCUACACGCAUGUAUAUGUUACACACUCACUUAUUUAAAUAUUCAUAACUUUUAGAUGAACUUAUCAAUUUCUUCAGAAAUAAAAGAAAAAACUUUAACGACAAUUAUGUACCAUUCAAGCGAUCAUUCAAGCAUUGCAGAAGAUGUCUAAGUGUAUUUAUAUUACUGUAUAUAGCACAAAGGAAAAAAUAUUUUCCAUCUCAAGCAAAUAAAAUUUUUGUACAUAAUAUAAGUAUAUAUAUACAUAUGUAUAUAUACAAUGGAAUUAAUUAUAUGCAAUAACUUACAAAGUUUUCUUAGAUUGAACAAAGCAGCAUCUUAUAAAGCAUGUCAAGGUUAAAUAUUUUUUGAUAUACAAAACACAGUAAGGGAGAAAGAGCGGACGCUUGGAAACUAUUGUAUAUACAAAAUAUAGUAAUUGUACUUUAUGACUAUAACUGUAUUUAGAACUAAUAAGUUGAAAAAAUAAGGAAGCAACAAGCAUCAUCAAGGAAACAAAUUAAACAAAAUGUCUCUUACAGUUAAAUUAAUACAAUUUCGUUUACCUAAAGCGAAAUCGAAUUUAAUUGGCCGUGUGGAGUUUAGGGGUGUGGCUCAUACAACUUCCGAAUUGAAUUACAAUUCAAAUGUGAUUGAAGUGAAUCAGUCAUUCAUUUGGCCUCUUGCAAGACCAGCUAAUCCCGAUGAAAGUGUUAUUGUUGAAUUAAGAUCACAAACAACAAAAAUAUUACUUAAAACUGGUCUUGGUGGUUCAUCUAGUUCGAGACAAGGAAUUGGUGGUGGUGGUUCAAGAGGUACAAUUACAAGCAGCAGUAAAUGUGUUGGACAAUAUGUUAUUCUUAUGCAAGGUCUUAUUUCAAGAGGACGAAUUUAUAUUGAAGACCAACUAGUUGAUUUAAGUACAAACAAACCUAUUGAGGUAAUUGUUGUUUUUGAAGCCAAAUAUACAUCUCCAGAUGAUGCUUCAGGCAAUUUUGAACCUUCUAAUCUUAUUAAUUCUAUUCAACAACAACAUCUUCAACAAGAACAUUUAAUUUUACAUCAACAAUAUGAAAAACAACAACGGCAUCAGCAACAACAACAACCACAACAACUACAAUCAGAGCAACAGAUACAAAAUCAACAACAACAGCAACAACAAGAAUUUUUACAUAAGCAACAACAACAAAAUAAUUCUAGCCUAGACGAUGAUCAACAGAUGUUACUCGAUAUUGAACAGAAUAUCGCUAACCUCGAAAGAAGUCUGAACAGAGAUGGCUCUAGUGGAAAUGGUUGCGGUUCUUCAUCAAAUCAACCAAAUAAAAAAAGACAUUUGUUACGACGUGUUAUAUCAUCCGCACAAAAUGUUAAAUUAACUAGCUCUUCAACAACAACAUCAAAUCAACAAGGUGUUGCAGAUGGAGGUGGUAUGACUGGUACACUUGAAUUAGGCAAAUCACCAUCAAGAGAUAAAAGAAUGACACUUCGUACAGUUAGAAAUAUGAUGAGAUUGGGACGUGGUAGACAAAGAUCACAAUCUCGAGAUAGUAGUACAGAAGAUGAAGGAAGAUCACCUUUAAUUAUUGAAUCGGAUCAAACAAAUUUAACAUCAGCUACUGAAGGUGAAGAAGAUGCAAAGUCACAACAAUUCGAAAGUGGACAAUCAGCUCAAACAAGUGACCUUGAAGAAAUUCCUAUAUUUGAUAAAGGAAAAAUGAUCAAAGCUAUGGCAAACACAUCAGAUCAUUUAAAAUCACAAGAUUUUCAAGUUUGUAUAACAAUAAUUGAAGCACGUCAACUACCUGGUCUUAAUAUGGAUCCAGUUGUUUGUAUACAAAUUGGUGAUCAAAAGAAAUAUACUAGUGUCAAGGAAAGUACAAAUUGCCCAUAUUUUAAUGAGUAUUUCGUUUUUGACUUCCAUAUGCCACCUGUGAUGCUUUUUGAUAAAAUCAUAACGCUAUCGGUUAUACAUUCGAGAAAAUUUUUUGGUUCAGGAACAUUAGUUGGUUCAUUCAAAAUUGAUUUGAAGACCGUUUAUGAUGCACCUGAUCAUCAAUUUUAUCACAAAUGGGCUCUUCUUUCCGAUCCGGAAGAUUUUUAUAGUGGACCAAAAGGAUAUUUAAAAUGUGAUAUUGGAAUUAUCGGUAAAGGCGAUUCCGUAAAAGUACCUCAAAAAUCUGAAAAAGAUCCUGAUGAUAUAGAAGCAAAUUUACUUCUUCCUGAUGGAGUGCCUAUCGAAAGACAACGAGGAAAAUUUAUUGUAAAAAUUUAUAGAGCCGAUGGACUUCCCCGAAUGUAUUCAUCAUUAAUGGCAAAUGUUAAAAAAGCUUUUACAGGCGAAUCAAGAGAUUUAGUUAGUCCAUAUGUUCAAGUAUCUUUUGCCGGUCUUACAGGGAAAACUACAGUAAAAAAGAAUGCUUAUACACCAAUAUGGAACGAACAGUUAGUCUUCACUGAAAUGUUUCCACCAUUAUGUCAAAGAAUUAAAGUACAAUUGCGUGAUGCAGAUCCUGUUAAGCCUUCAAUAAUUGGUACUCAUUAUAUAGAUUUAAAACAAAUAUCAAAUGAUGGAGAAAAAGGUUUUCUACCAACUUUUGGACCUUCUUUUAUUCAUUUAUACGGCUCAACACGUGAUUAUACAAUUUUGGACCAACAUUCUAAUUUAAAUACAGGAUUAGGUGAAGGUGUAAGUUAUAGAGGUCGUCUAUUAAUAGCAAUUCGUACUGAAAUUGCUGAUAAUAUUGAUACAGUGACUGAAAAGAAUGUAGAAUUGGAACCAACUUAUCCAAUUACGGAAUCUUCAUACUCAAAAAAUGAAGAAUUUUUUUUAUUUUCAACUAUACUUGAAGCAUCAAUGUUAGAUAAAAAAUUAUCUGAUAAAACAAUAUUUUUUGAAUUGAGCUUAGGAAAUGCAGGAAAUUCUUUAGACGGACAUAACGAAAGUUUAACAGCUAAUGAAGAUGAAGAAUUAGAAGUAAUUGAUACCACCACCUAUAAUAGUACAACGAGUGCGUGUAAGCCAAUAUCACAUGAUAAAUCACAUUAUUAUCUACCAUAUUGGGAUUAUAAACCGUGUAUGGAUGUAAGAUGUACACUGCCAGAUUUAAGAAGACGAAUGUACAAUAGUAAUAUGAUUUCUAAAAUGACGGAAAAUUAUGAAGAUGGUUUAAACGAAACUUAUCGAUUAUUGGAAGAGGAAGAUCCAAAAGCAGAAGUUAAGCUAAGAGGAACUCUAGAAGAUUUAGCAGUCGCUUGUACAAAAUAUUUGACAAUAACUAGAGCAAAUUUAUUGGGACCAGGAAGCGGAAAAACUAAAUUGGAUAAAGAAAGAAUGAAGCUUUGUCAAAGAGAACUUGAAUCUAUUGGAAAUACGUCAAGAAAUUUACGUGCCCUUGUGACAAAAAGCUCAAUGAAGGAACGUUAUAAAACAGCUCAAACAUAUUUACAAAAGCUUAAAUUUUUAAUAAGUGACCCUCAAGACUCAUUGCCAGAUAUAUUUAUUUGGUUAAUAGCCGGAGGAAAACGUUAUGCUUAUCGUAGAAUACCUUCCAGAGAUCUAAUAUAUUCUGAUGUUGAAGAAGAAUCUGGAAUACAUUGUGGAAAAAUUCAAACAAUAUUUCUUAAGUUGCCAGGAAAACAAGGACAUGGUCCAGCUGGUUGGGUAGUUCAAGCUAAAUUGAGCAUCUUCUUAUGGCUAGGUGUAGUAAAAGACAAAGGAAAUUUUUUCAAUGGUCUUCCUAUUGGUUAUGACCUCUCUCAAGAACUAAGAAAUGCUGAUAGACCGAGAGCACUUGCACCAAGUAAUAUACAUUAUUUAGAAAAAUUUACAUUCCAACUAAGAGCUCAUAUAUAUCAAGCAAGAUCCUUAAUUGGAUCGGAUGCAUCAGGAUUAAGUGAUCCUUAUGCAACUGUUUUUAUAACUGAAUAUGCUAAAACUACUCAAGUGAUUGAAGAAACACUUAGUCCAACGUGGGAUGAACUUUUGGUCUUUGAGGAAAUUUUAGUGUAUGGUGCUAAAGAUGAAAUCAAAAAGGACCCACCAACCAUUAUAAUUGAAAUUUAUGAUCAAGAUAAGGUUGGAAAAUCGGAAUUUAUAGGACGUGCAAUAGCAAAGCCCAGAGUUAAAUUAAAAGAAAAUGCAUACGCAACACCAGCUCUUGAAUGGUUUGAUAUUAUACGGGGUACUGAGAAUGCUGGAGAAUUAUUAGCUGCAUUUGAAAUGUUGGAAAUUGGUUCACAAGACAUGCCAAAAUUGACUGAACCCAAAGUCGUAAUACCCGACAAUAAAGAUAAGAAAGACAAACUCCAACCAUAUCCACCACCAGGUACUAUUUUACCAGUACCAAGGGAAGUUCGUCCUCAUUUAGCUCGUUUUAAGUUAGAAGUUUUAUUUUGGGGUCUGAGAGACCUUAAAAGAAUACAUUUUAUGUCUGUUGAUAAGCCGCGAAUAGAUGUUGAAUGUUCUGGACGAAUAUUGAGUUCUAGUAUAAUUCAAAAUGCAAAAAAGAAUCCAAAUUUCCCAAAUAUGUUAAAAUCAAUUGAUUUAGAGUUACCUUUAGAAGAAACUUAUGCACCACCGAUAACUAUUCGUUGUGUUGAUUGUCGUUCUUUUGGUCGUUAUACUUUAGUUGGAACACAUCAAAUAACGUCUAUCCACCGCUACAUGUACAAACCACCGCCAAAAGAAGAUUUAACUAAAUACAAAACCAUUGGAGGCCAAAUUUUAUUAGAGGCGCCUAACAAAGAUACGGAUGAGCCCAUUUCACCUUCAAAUAAUCAAUUAAGGAUUGGUAAAGAUGGAAAAGUUAUGAGACAAACUUCAUGUGAAAAUUUAACUCAGUACGGAGCUGCAUGUGUAACAAAAAUCCCUUUCAGACUAAAAAGACAAGCAACGAAAAAGAAAAAUCCACCGCCAGAACCCACACAAGAAGAAGACAGUGAUGAUGAAAACAGUAAGGAUUGGUGGACUAAAUAUUUUUGGUCAUACGAAAAGCUCAUUGAAGACACAAAAGACCAUAUAGCGGCGAAGAAUUUAAGAAAUGCUUACAAUAGAGAUGAAAAGCAAAAACUCAGUGUGGCAAAAGGAGCGAAACUUGCUCAAAAACUGAGUCCUAGACAUACUAAACCGUCAACAAAAUUAAACACAGCUUUGUGUCAGAUUCUUCCAAACGAGCUUGAAUCACAAUUUGAAUAUAAUCAUUUUAAGGAAUGGUUACAUUCUUUUCCAUUGUAUAGAGGUAAAAAGACUGGUGAUUCUACAGAAGACGACAAUCGAAUAGUAGGUUUCUUUAAGGGAGCUAUUAAAGUUUACAACUUACCAUUACCGAAAGGCUUUGAAAUCCAGUUACCGGUUUUACCGGGCAAUGACCCAAUUCACGUUCUAGUGAGGGUUUACAUAGUUAAAGCUACUGACUUGCAUCCAAUGGAUUUGAAUGGAAAAGCUGAUCCAUAUGUAGUAUUACAUUUGGGGAGCAAACGAAUUUCGGAUAAAGAAAAUUAUGUUAGCAAACAAUUAAACCCAAUAUUUGGAAAAUGCUUUGAAGUAGAAGCAACAUUUCCACAAGAUUCAAUGUUGACCGUUCAAAUACUCGAUUGGGAUCUUGUAGGUGCCGAUGAUUUGAUUGGGGAAACUAAAAUUGAUUUAGAAAAUAGAUUUUACAGCAAACAUAGAGCAACUUGUGGUUUGGCUUAUAAAUAUGAAGAAUUCGGAUACAACAGAUGGCGUGAUCCAAUGAAGCCAACGCAAAUAUUAUCUAAACUGUGUAAAGAAAAUAAAUUAGAGAGCCCGCAUUAUUUUCAAGAUCGAGUAGUGAUCGGAAAGUAUUGUAUGGCUUUUUCAGAAGAGGAAGUGGUAGCUUGGAAUGGUCCAACAACGUGCAAGAAUCGAGAUGAACACUUGGCUUUAGCUGUACUUCACCGUUGGCAAGAAAUUCCUAAAUUUGGUUGUAAAAUUGUUCCUGAGCAUAUUGAAUCACGUCCACUAUAUAAUCCUGAUAAACCUGGCAUUGAACAAGGAAAACUCGAAAUGUGGGUUGAUAUGUUUCCAAUGGAUAUGCCAUUACCUGGUCCUGCUGUUGAUAUUUCUCCAAGAAAACCAAAAUCUUAUGAACUCCGAAUAGUUAUUUGGAAUACUGAUGAUGUUGUUCUAGAAGAUGAUGCAUUUUUCACCGGCGAAAAAAUGUCUGAUAUAUAUGUCAAAGGGUGGUUAAAGGGCCCACAAGAUAUUCAAGCUACUGAUAUACAUUACCGAUCCCUAACAGGAGAAGGCAAUUUCAAUUGGAGAUUUAUUUUUCCAUUUGAUUAUUUAGCAGCAGAGGAGAGAAUAGUAUUGUCAAGAAAGGAAUCACUUUUUAGUUGGGAUGAAACUGAAGUUAAAAUUCCGGCAAGAUUAGAGUUACAGGUUUGGGAUGCUGAUCACUUUUCUGCUGAUGAUUUUUUGGGUGCAAUAUCUUUAAAUUUAAAUAGGUUUCCCAGAGGAGCAAAAUCCUCAAAAUUAUGUACAUUGGAUAUGUUGAAAACAGAAAAUGUACCAACUGUUAAUAUUUUCAAACAAAAACGUGUCCGCGGCUGGUGGCCCUUCUUUAUUAAAAAAGCAAAUGACGAAAUGGAAUUAACCGGUAAGGUUGAAGCUGAAAUUCAUUUAUUGACUAAAGAAGAAGCUGAACAAAAUCCAGCUGGUUUUGGACGGAAUGAACCCGAUCCAUUAGAAAAACCAAACCGCCCAGAUGCAUCAUUUAUGUGGUUCCUAAAUCCUCUAAAAUCAAUUCGUUACAUUGUAUGGCAUAAUUAUAAAUGGGCUAUUCUCAAAGGUUUAAUUAUAUUCGGUUUAGCCCUUAUGAUUUUAUUAUUCUUUUAUUCUGUGCCUGGUUAUACUGUUAAGAAAAUGUUAGGCGCCUAAGAUAAUUUUAGCAAAAAGAACCAGACGAUCAUCGAAAUCGAAUAAAUUAAAUAAAAAUUUGUUAAAAUUGAAAACAAUGCUUGUUACUUUGCUGUGAUGCAAUCAUAUCAAAUCUGAAAUAGAAGUCAUUUAAAAUCAACAUGUUGUUAAUAGUAUAAAAAAAAAAAAUAUUAAAACUAAUCAAAAGAAACUUAUUAACAUUAUGUGUGAAUAUUGUUAUGUAUAUUGUAAAGAAGAAAAAAAAAAAUCAAACGAAAA